AUGGAAACACGUACGGGAGAACAGCUACAAGUUAAUUACAAGAAAGUUCCGUCUGUCCAGGAAAUGGCCAAGAACAAACUUGUGACCAUUCCAUCGCGAUAUGUACGCGAAGAUCAGGACCGUUCAAACGUUGCAUCAUCAAAUAAUAAGGAAGUUCCAGUUAUUGAUAUGCAACGAUUAAUCAAUGACUCCAUGAAUCUCGAGUUUAACAAGUUGCACUUUGCAGCCAAAGAAUGGGGUUUCUUUCAGUUGAUUAAUCACGGAGUUAAUUCUUCAUUGGUGGGGAAGAUAAAAAACGAGAUUAAAGAAUUAUUCAAUCUUCCAUUAGAAGAGAAGAAGAAAUUUGAACAAUCAUCAGGGGAAUUAGAUGGAUUUGGACAACACUUUGUUGUCUCUGAUGAACAAAAGCUUGAUUGGGCUGACCUCUUUUACUUGAAGACUGCACCUCCAUACUUGCGGAUGCCUAUAUUUUCCAAGCUUCCCCUUUCACUUAGAGAGACAAUCGAAGAGUACUCAGAAGAAGUAAAGGAGCUAAGCAUCAAACUUUUGAAAAUGUUGGGUAAAGCUUUGGGGAUUGAUGAAGAAGAAGUGAAGAGUCUUUUCGAAGAAGGAAUGCAAUCAAUGAGGAUGAAUUAUUAUCCACCAUGUCCACAAUCAGAAAAAGUGAUGGGACUUACUCCUCAUUCAGAUGCAACAGGCCUUACAAUACUUCUUCAAGUCAAUGAAAUUCAAGGUCUUCAAAUUAAAAAAGACGGAAUUUGGAUUUCCAUUUUACCUCUUCCUAGAGCUUUCAUAGUCAAUGUUGGAGAUGUUUUUGAGAUUUUCUCAAAUGGAAUUUACAAGAGCAUAGAGCACAGAUCAGUGGUGAGCUCAGAAAAAGAAAGGAUUUCAAUAGCAACAUUUCAUAAUUCAAGAUUGGAUGAGACAAUUGAAGAAUACUCAAAAGAAGUGAAUGAGCUAAGCAUGAAAGUUUUGGAAAUGUUGGGUAAAGCUUUGGGGAUUGAUGAAGAGGAAGUGAAGAGUGUUUUUGAAGAAGGAAUGCAAUCAAUGAGGAUGAAUUAUUAUCCGCCGUGUCCACAACCAGAAAAAGUGAUGGGACUUUGCCCUCACUCAGAUUCCUCUGGUUUAACAAUCCUUCUUCAAGUCAAUGAAAUUGAAGGUCUUCAAAUUAAAAAAGAUGGAAUUUGGAUUUCCAUUUUGCCCCUUCCUAAUGCCUUUGUAGUCAAUGUUGGAGAUGCUUUGAAGAUUUUCUCAAAUGGAAUUUACAAGAGUAUAGAGCAUAGAUCAGUGGUAAACUCAGAAAGAGAAAGAAUGUCAGUAGCAACAUUUCAAAAUCCAAGGUUGCACUUUGCAGCUAAAGAUUGGGGUUUCUUUCAGUUGAUUAAUCAUGGAGUUAGUUUUUCAGUAGUGGAGAAGAUGAAACAUGAAACUAAAAAAAUCUUCGAUCUGCCAUUGGAAGAGAAGAAGAAGUUUGAACAAUCGUCAGGAGAUACAGAAGGAUUUGGACAGCUGUUUGUUGUCUCUGGUGAACAAAAGCUUGACUGGGCUGAUCUCUUUUACUUGAAGACCUCACCGACAUAUUUGCGGAAGCCUAUAUUUUCCAAGCUUUACCUUUCACUUAGAGAGACGAUUGAAGAGUAUACAAAAGAAAUAAAGGAGUUAAGCAUGAAAGUUUUGAAAAUGUUGGGUAAAGCUUUGGGGAUUGAUGAAGAAGAAGUGAAAAGUGUUUUUGAAGAAGGAAUGCAAUCAAUGAGGAUGAAUUACUAUCCACCAUGUCCACAACCAGACAAAGUGAUGGGACUUACUCCUCAUUCAGAUGCAACAGGCCUUACAAUACUUCUUCAAGUCAAUGAAACUCAAGGUCUUCAAAUUAGAAAAGAUGGAAUAUGGAUUCCCAUUGAACCACUCCCUAAUGCAUUCAUAGUCAAUGUUGGAGAUGUUUUUGAGAUUUUCUCAAAUGGAAUUUACAGAAGCAUAGAGCAUAGAUCAGUGGUGAGCUCAGAAAAAGAAAGGAUUUCAGUAGCAACAUUUCAGAGUCCAAGAUUGGAUGGUAUAUUAGGUCCAUCAAGUAGCCUUGCUACUGUUCAUAAUCCACCAAAAUUCAAAAAAAUCGGAGUCACUGACUAUUAUAAAGGAUUUUUCACCCGUGAGCUUGUUGGGAAAUCAUAUGUGGACACCAUGAGAAUCACAAAUGAAGAUGAUCUAAAGAAUUAAUUAGUAUGUGUAUGAAUGGUAAGUAAAUCCUUUGAUUAUGAACGGAUUAAUAUUAACAUAUGUAUAAAGAUUUAGCUAUCUCAAUUUGAAUAUAUAUCUGAAUUCUUACUAAGAUGUUGUAUUAAGAUUUUACUACUAAAAAUUAAGAUUAUUUGUAUUUUUAAACAUUUGAAUAUGUAAAAAAUUAUAUGAUGAUUGUG